CAGGGCCAGCCGGGCCAGGUGCAGGGGGGCGUGGCUCAAAACCCCACAGGCGACAUGGUGGACGACCUGAACCGGAUUGCCGACACCUUCGAGUCCGAGCUGCGGAAGCAGAAAGACAUCCUGUCCCAGAUCCUGAACGACUGGUCUCUGUGGAAACCCAAGGACCGGAAGGUCCGCCCCCCGAGCCCACCCGUCAUCCCCAUCCUGGUGAUGGCCUGUAACCGGGUCACCGUGAAGCGCUGCGUGGACAAGCUGAUCCAGCACCGGCCCUCCGCGGACCUGCACCCCAUCCUGGUGAGCCAGGACUGCGGGCACGCCGAGACCGCCCAGGUGAUACGCUCCUACGGGGACAAGGUGACCCACCUGAGCCAGCCGGACCUGUCCGACGUCCCGGUCCGGCCCGAGCACAAGAAGUUCCAGGGCUACUACAAGAUCUCCAGACACUACCGCUGGGCCCUGAACCAGGUCUUCAGAAACCUGUCCUACUCCUCUGUGGUGGUGGUGGAGGACGACCUGGAGGUGGCGCCAGACUUCUUUGAGUAUUUCCGAGCCCUGCAGCCCCUCCUGCAGUCCGACCCCAGCCUGUGGUGCGUCUCGGCCUGGAACGACAACGGGCGGGAUGGGUUCGUGGACCCCGGCAGGGCGGACCUGCUCUACCGGACGGACUUCUUCCCGGGCCUGGGCUGGAUGCUCCUCAGGGAGCUGUGGGAGGAGCUGGAGCCCAAGUGGCCCGCCUCCUUCUGGGACGACUGGAUGCGGCAGCCGGAGCAGCGGCGGGGCCGGGCCUGCGUCCGGCCCGAGGUGUCCCGCACGCUGACGUUCGGCCGGCAGGGCGUGAGCCUGGGCCAGUUCUACGACAAGUACCUGCGCUACAUCAAGCUGAACACCGAGUUCGUGCCUUUCACCAAACUGGACCUGGGCUACCUGAAGGAGCAGGACUACAGGGAGAACUUCCAGAAGGAGGUCUACGCAGCUCCGGUGGUCACGUACGAAGCUGUGAAGCAGGGUCAGCUGACAGGAAGUGGACCCUUCCGCCUGCAGUAUUCCACCAAGGACAGCUUCAAAGUGCUGGCCCGAAACCUGGGAAUCAUGGACGACCUGAAGUCCGGCGUGCCCAGGACCGGAUACAGAGGGGUCGUCAGUUUCUUCUCCAGGGGGCGGAGGAUCUACCUGGCCCCGCCUCCCGGCUGGACCCAGUACGAUUCCACCUGGAGCUGAGGCCCCGCAGCAGCCUUAUCUUCAAACCUCAUUCCAAAGAUGAAACCCACCACUACUCAGGUCUUUUUAGUCCAGUUCUGACCGGGUCCAAUCAGCCAGAACCCAAUCCUGAAGCAUCAAUCUGCUGUAAUUCAGAGAUUAUUUUUAUAUCCUGCUCGUUGUGCACAUAAUGUCAGUGCAUUCUAAUCUGCCUUUUUCUUUCUUUAAAUUAUUUAGAUGUUGUGCUCGUUGUGUAAUCACACACAGAAGAAAUGUGUGUUUUUGUUGGGAGUGGUCACAUGAUCUGUCUUAACUCUGCUUCAUGAAAAUCAGCUCUUCCUGCUUCACCUCUGUCAGAUGAUUGUUUGAAAUCAACCAGUUUGUUGCCUUAAACACUUGAUUAUUUCUAUAUUUUUGGAAUAAAAACAAAAGAUUUGCACAA